AUGAUCAAGUCCGAAGCUGCUAAUGGAUCAACUACCAUGAACAAACUCAACCUUUUGCAAAUGCAACAGGCCAAGCAAAACGCGGUCAAGUCACUGCAACAGCAGCAGCACCAGCAACAACAACAGCAGCAGGGCCAACAGGGCCAACAGCCACAUCCGUUGCAAGGCCAGCUGCUGGUGUCCCUGUCUCAACUUAAACACAAGAUUGACCUCAAAAAAUAUCACUUUCCUUCAACGACAGAAGAGAUUCUACGCAAGUACGCGAAAUACCCCGCGUCUUUGAGCUUGCACAUUUUCGAAAACAACUACCGAUUCAACAACUCCCAGGAUUCUCAAAUUGUCCCCAAGAAUUCUCCCGUGAUCAAAAGCUUUAUGAAGCAUGUGUUGAAAGAAGAAAUUCCAGUUGAGUUGAGCGAGUUGCUCAAGGAUUUCGCAAUCAAGUCUUACGACGGGUGUCUAAUAUUACAGGUGCAUGACCACAGAAACAUGAUCAAGACUGCGGCGUUUGUCAACAGAGGCAACUCUCCAGUCAAGGAUGGCAAGAAUGAACCCAUGAUUGUAAAUAAACCUCGGACAUACCGCACAUUACUAAAGCCGACUCCGCUCUCGAUAUAUUUUGAUUUGCUUUACCAUACAGAUUCCGCCUUGACCAAGUUCACCGAUGCGUUAUCGUUACAAAUGGAGUCGGAAAUCUUGACACUCACCAACAGGAAGCUAGACCUAUCGGUAAAGGUGAACCCGUAUCAUUAUGACCACUUGAGACCCGAUACUGAGACCAAGCCUGUCGAAAAGGAGGAAGCACGACUUGGAAAAAACAAGGUUAAUUCUACGAAUGAAGAUAUUGAGUCAGACGAGGAGGCUCUGCAGCCGGUGUAUGUUCACAGGUCUCCCGUCAAGGUUCCAAUACGGAAGAUUCAUCAAGACGAAUUAGUUUUGCACAAAUCCUCAGAGUAUGAAGAGGUGAUGUUGCUUCUUUCCAACAAGAGUAGGCGACUGGACGAUUCGCAAGACAAAAAGUUGGUGAUGGUGUCAUCUUCAUCAUUGCCAGGGACGGCAACUGCUCAGAUUGCAGCUGCGUCAGCUGCAUCGGCUGCAUCGGCAGCGGCGGCAGCGGCAGCAGCAACAACAACAUCAUCGUCAUCGGCAAAAUCAUCAAGCAAGGAGAGCUCAGCAACAGCUGAAAGUAAAUUGAAAAAGGGCGAAAAAGUCGCAAAUUCUACUCCUCCCACCAUUCCAACUGUCACCAUGGCGCUGAAUCCCGUGAGAGCCACAGGACAGUUUAUGAGGUUGCGGUUGAUUGAGGAGAUCAGAAAGAAGAGGGAAUUGGAAAAGUCGCAACAAGAGGCAAAGAUCCAGGCCCAGGCAAAUGCUGUGCAAGGUGAUCACAUGGCUCCUCCUCCGCAGCAGCAUAUGCCGUCUACUGAUAACCAGGCUCCCACUGAAGUGCCAAACGCAAAUGGUGCGAGUCGACCCCCUACCGCUGCGAAAAGACCUAAUGGCUCCCCGGCUACACAAGCUCAGCCUGCGCCCAAGCGUGCCAAGAAGGAGACGAAGAAGCAGCAACAGCAACAAGCCAAAACUCAAGCGGCGCCGACUCCUGGGAUUCCAUCACUGUCUCCACAAUUCCCCAAUUGGAUGCCAACAUCCAAUACCAACUCGCAAGUACCAACGGCCAACAAUACUCCCAUGAUGGGUAACUUGGGUGCUCCUGUUCCUGUCCAGAAUGCGAAAAUGAGCCAGGCCCCGACCCCGCAGCUUCCAAUUGGAACUCCCAAUUUGCCUCAAAAUCUCCAACAAUUUCCCCAUCCAAAUUCAACGGGAAAUCCUGUGCAACUGAUAUCCUCUCUGCCACAAUUACCUCAAGCGCCUGUGCAGCAGCAGCAGCAACAACAACAGCAACAACAAGCACAGCUUCCGCAGCAACCACAACAGCAACAACAAGCACAGCUUCCGCAGCAACCACAACAGUCAUUGCAAAUUCCACAACAUCAGCAAUCUCAGCAACCAACGCCGCAACUACAAUUGUCUUUGCAACAGCAGCAACUUCAACAGCUCUUCCAAAACUCAUUGGUUCCCGAGGAGCAGCAAGUUUAUAAACAGAUUCAGCAGAAAAUGAGCGCGUUGGCGGUGAUGGGCCAGACGGGCGUUGCUCCCAAUGGACAGCAAUUGACAGCUCAGCAUAAGCAACAAGCUUUACAACAGGUGAAAGUUUUACAACAGCAGCUUUUACAUAAGUUUCCUGUUUACUUUCAGAGAUUGAAGCAGUUUCAAUUGUAUCAGAAACAAAAACUACAGCAACAACAGCAGCAGCAGCAGCAGCAGCAACAGCAGCAGCAGCAAAAGACUGCAGCGAUGGCUGGUGGCGGUGCGACUCCUAACUUGCCUGUGAAUAAUGCACCUCUUGGGUCAUCAUCUUUGCAACAGUCUGUUGGUAUGCCGAAUGAGCUGCCUCUAAUGAACAACAAUCAAACUCCUCAACUCCCUGCUGCUGCUGCUGCUACUGCUGCUGUUACUGAUGCUGGAGCUGCACCAAGUGAACCAAAGAAGAAAAGAGUAUACAAAAAGAAGAGUGUUCUGAAUACAUAA